UCUCCCUUUCAAGCUUAGUGGCUUUGUUAGACCCAAGAUCAGAUUCCAGAGCCUCACGCAGUCCUGCAUAGAUACCCCAGUGUUUCCAGUUCGGGAAGCUGAGGACGGAGAGAAUGCAAAAAGCCGAGGGAAGGACCACGCCCGUGACCUGUCAGCACGAAAUGGGUUAGCGACCGCGAUGCUGCACCACAGGGCUCUCUUUACCCGUGGAUUGUGGAGGGUGCACAGUCAGUCUCUUGUCUUCUGUUCGACAUGGCAUCUUCUGACAUUCAGGUGAAGGAGCUGGAGAAGCGUGCUUCAGGCCAGGCUUUUGAACUGAUUCUCAGCCCUCGGUCAAAAGAAUCCGUCCCCGAUUUUCCCCUUUCCCCCCCAAAGAAGAAGGACCUCUCCCUGGAGGAAAUCCAGAAGAAAUUAGAAGCUGCAGAAGAAAGACGCAAGUCUCAUGAGGCAGAAGUCCUGAAGCAGCUGGCUGAGAAGCGGGAGCACGAGAAGGAAGUGCUUCAGAAAGCCAUCGAGGAGAACAACAACUUCAGCAAGAUGGCAGAGGAGAAGCUGACCCACAAGAUGGAAGCUAACAAAGAGAACCGGGAGGCGCAGAUGGCUGCCAAGCUGGAGCGCUUGCGAGAGAAGGACAAGCACGUUGAAGAGGUGCGGAAGAACAAAGAAUCCAAAGAUCCUGCGGAUGAAACCGAGGCUGACUAAUUUGUUCUGAGAACUGACUUUCUCCCCGACCCCUUCCUAAAUAUCCAAAGACUGUACUGGCCAGUGUCAUUUUACUUUUUCCCUCCUGACAAAUAUUCUAGAAGCCGAUGUAGGACCGUAUAGGUAGAUCCAGACCGUGAGAUGUUUUAGGGGUUCGAGGGGAGAAACUGAAAGUGUUUUACUCUUUUUAAAGUGUUGGUCUUUCUAACGUAGCUAUUUUUCUCGUUGCAUCUACUCCACUUGAGCACACCCGGUGUGCUGGGUUAAUGGCUAGUACUGUACUGACUCUGUGGAAGACGUUUGUGAAGAGUAUGUAGUGGCUUCUUCCAACCUGUUAGAUGCUGAAUAUCUGUUCACUUUGCGAUCCCAAUUCUGUCCCAAUCUUAUCAGAUGCUACUGUACUUGAAUGGUUAAUAAACUGCACAGUGCUGUU